AUGUCAUGCAUUGAUUCCUGCCUCCAAGGAGGCUGCAGUAUCCCCACUGGCCCAGCCACCACCCUCUGCUCCUCUGACGUAUGUUGUCCACGUGGAGUCUGCCUGCCCAGUACCUAUCCACACAAGAUCAGCCUUCUUCAUCCCACCUGCUGUGACACCUGCCCCCAACCCUGUUGUGUGCCUGACUCCUAUGUGUCAUCGUGUUGGCUGCUCAACAAGUGCCACCCUGCCCCAAACCUGAAUGGGAUCUCUGUUACCACCUGCGUCCAGUCUUGUGAGUGUGAACCCCCUUGUUGCUAG